CAGAGUAGGACCAAUAUGAAAAAUGAAACCACUUCCUCAAGUAAUAUUGGUUCAGUAACUUACCAAAAAGAGUCAAAGGAACUUAAAGAAAGCAGAGCAGAGACGAGCCAAGAAGAGGUGAUGGUUCAACAGCAAAAUCAACUUCCCGGGAGAGAGAAAACAAAGAAAAUAAACUUCAAAGUACCUGAGUCGCCUAGACAGGAAGGGCAGCCCAUUCUUUGGUCAGUGAAUCUGACAAGAACAGAAAAUGCAGAAUCUCUCCAAAUAGUGGGGGAAAAUGUAGGAAAGUCAGUGAUCUCAAAACCUAAAGAAAAGGUGGAUCUUCCAGAGCAAGAAGUUAAAGAAUAUAUAGAAAAAAUGAGUGUUACACCAAAAGAACAGCACAGCACAUUUAACAGUGGCUUACAGAAACUACUUAAAGAAAUGUCUGAGGCACCCUCACCAUCAUUCCAACCAGCUAGUGAUAAAGGUGUUCCAAGAAAAGAAUUGGGAAUUGAUGAACACCUAAUUGUUUCUGUAAGAACAAAGCAGAGCAAGACUGCUCCCACAGACUCCAAGGAAAAAGCAGUAUCCCCUAAAGAGGAGGUUGUAGAGACUGUAGACAAAACUGUUGCUCCAUCAAAGACUGAACUUGAUGCAUUUAAUGCUGGGCUAGAGAAACUGCUGAAGGAAACCUCCAAAAUAUCAUCCUCUUCUAGUCAGAACGUAACAGAAAAUAUUUCUGAAGAGACCGUUUCUUGGCCUGGGCAGAGAAGAUUUUUUGAAAAGGUGAUGGAACGGAGUCACAGCACUUAUCCUACAAUUCAAAGAGAGGAAGUGCUUCCUCAAGAAGUAAAAGAAACUAUAGAAAGAACAGUCAUUCCACCCAAAGAUGAACUUGAUGAACUAAAAAUUGGUCUGGGGAAGCUGCUUAAGGAAUCUGACGCUUCCUGUCCAUUGCAUCAGGCAGCCGAUGCGGAUGAGGGUAUCCAGAGAGAGAGUUCUCAUGAAGAAAUCAUUCCAAGCUCUUCCCAAAAGGCAAUGCGUCCUGGCAUAGCUGCUUAUGUCGUGACCCAGAAUGAAGCACAGCCUCCGGGAGAGGCAGUCUCAGAGACUGUAGAAAAAACCACGGUUCCACCAAAAGCUGAAUUCCAUGAUCUGGAUGCUGGUUUAAAGAAACUACUUAAGGAAGCAUCCGCAAUCUCAUUUUCAUCGUACAAUGUAGAUAACAGUAAAAAAGCAGCGUCUGAGAAUGUGCCCGAAGAAGAUCGGCGAAGAUAUUAUAAGCGGGUCACAGAGACUGACCAGGCUACUUCUGUUACUGCCCAAGGAAGGGUUGGGGCUCCAAAUGGAAUUGGGACUGUAGAGAGAAGUACCGUUCCAUAUCAGGAUGAUGUUAGCCCAGUCAAUACAUGCCUGGAGAAACCAAAUGAAGAGGCAGCUAAAGUGCUGUUACCUUUAUAUGCAAAAAAUGGAGAAAACGUAAGCUCUCAGCCAGAGGAUCAGAUUGAUCAUCCUGUAUCUCCUGGUAACCAUCAUGAAGUGACUGAAAUACUAGUAAAAACAGUUCAGCCAAAACCUGAACUCCGUGAAUUUAAUGCUAGUUUGCAGAAACUGCUUAAGGAAGCUUCUGAAAUGCCACCCUCUGAACAGAAAAGCUUUGACAAUGAGAUGCAUGUUAGGAUACAGCCUAAUCAGAGUGUGAAAUCCACUUACCAACGAGAAAUCAAUCAUCCUCAAGAAGUAAAUGAAACAGUCAAAAAAGCCGUUGCUCCUUCCAAAGCAGAACUUAGUGGAUUUAAUUCUGGGUUAAAGAAACUGCUGAAGGAAGUCUCUGAAAUGCAAACUCUUCAACUGAAAAACAUGGACAAUGCAGUGCAGAAGAGUAUGGGGAUACAGCCUAAUCAGAGCGUAGACUUAACUUAUCAGCAAGAUAUUGACCAUCCUCAAGAAGUAAAUGAAACCAUAGCAAAAGCUGUUGCUCCUUCCAAAUCUGAGCUUGGAGACUUUAAUGCUAGUUUGCAGAAACUGCUUAAGGAAGCCUCUGAAACGCCACCUCUGAAGAGCGUAGAUAGUGUAAUACAGGGUAGAACACAGCCUAAUCAGAGUGCAUAUUCCUCUUACCAACAAGAGAUGGACCAUCCUCAAGAAAUAAAAGAAACCGUAGAAAAAACUGUUGCUCCAACAAAAGCAGAAUGCAGUGAAUUGAAUAUCUGCUUAGAAAAACUUCUCAAAGAAGCAUCUGACAUUUCAUCUCAGCUGCCAACGAAGAUGGGAAAACAGGAAAGACCCAAUGACUCUGUGUCUCAAGCAGAAAAGGGAAGUCUAGCCAUUAAAAUGCCACUCGCUGGUCCAAGUGCUUCAGGUGGCUAUCGCACAGAGUUUAAGAUACCAAUCAAGAGAGAGACUUUGAAACAAAAUGACAAAGCCGUAAAGGAAGAUCAUGUGGUAAAUGAAGUGAGAGGUUCUACUCUCCCUGAAAGAAAUGUAGCAUUUGAGAAAACAGUACAGACUAACCUGGCAUCACCUGAAGCACUUCUCAAGGAAAGAGAGAAUGGCGCGGCUGUUUUCAAGAUGCAUAAGAUGGAGAUAAAAAAUGAAAAUAAAAGAGAGGAAGCAGCAGGCAAGGAGGUUGAUAAAAGCGCUUCCUUAGCAGAUGCCAGUGAGGCAACAUCUGAAGUGAAUGCACCAUUUAGAUUCAGGAGACCAAGCACACCACUUAAAGAUGAUGAUCGCUCCACCAAAAUAAGUAAAGUUGAGCUGCUCCUAGCAUCUCCUUAUGAUGAUGAAGAUGACACCAUAAGUUUUGGCUCUGAUCUUUCAGGUUCAACCUGUUCAGAAGAAUUAGAUCCUAUUUUGAAGGCUUUGAAAAGGAGUGCAGAUAGGCAAAGGCCUUCCAAAAGUCUAGAGGACAUUCCAUCAGCCACAUCAAAUAAAGGAAAAAUAGAUAUUCCAAAAGAAGAAUUAGUACUUAGUGCUGAAGAUGAUCAGAAAACCGAUCAGCAACAAGAGACAAAUGAAAAUGUACAAGGAAUGCCUUCAGACCUGGAUCACCAGUUUUCAAAUCCUGAAAAACUCAAAAGAUUGAGCCAGUCAGUACCAGCAUUUCUACAAGAAGAGAGUGACAGAGACACUGAUACAACAUCAGAAAGCAGUUAUCCUCAUGGCAGAAUCAAGAAGAGCCCCAGCUCUCUAACCAAUCUUAGCGGCUCUUCUGGCAUGGCGUCCUUGUCUUCUGUGAGCGGAAGUGUAAUGAGCAUUUACAGUGGAGACUUUGGCAAUGUGGAUGUGAAAGGCCACAUUCAGUUUGCCAUUGAUUAUGUAGAACAGCUGAAGGAGCUCCAGAUUUUUGUUUCCCAGUGUAAAGACUUGGCAAUUGCAGAUGUUAAGAAACAACAUUCAGACCCGUAUGUAAAGACUUACCUGCUUCCAGAGAAAUACAAGCUGGGGAAAAGGAAGACCUCAGUGAAAAAGAAAACAUUGAAUCCAGUCUAUAAUGAAAUAUUGCGGUAUAAAAUUGACAAAGAACUGGUAAAGACCCAGAGACUGAAUCUCUCUGUCUGGCACAAUGACACCUUUGGGCGCAAUAGUUUCCUAGGUGAGGUGGAACUUGAUUUGGGAACAUGGGACUGGAAUGACAAACUGAAUAAGCAGAUGAACUGGUUCCCGCUUAAGCCUAGGACUCCAGCAGCAGCUCUUGAACUAGAGAACAGAGGAGAGAUUAAACUAGCCCUUCAGUAUGUCCCACAGCCUGUCGGGGGUAACAAGACCCCGUCCACUGGAGAGGUCCACAUCUGGGUGAAGGAAUGCAAUGACCUCCCUCUCCUGAGAGGCAACAAGAUCAACUCUUUUGUUAAAUGUACCAUCCUUCCAGAUACUAGUAGGAAGAGUCGCCAGAAAACAAGAGCAGUGGCGAAAACUACAAACCCAGUGUUCAACCACACCAUGGUUUACGAUGGCUUUAGAGCUGAUGAUUUGAAAGAAGCGUGUGUAGAACUUACAGUCUGGGACCACAACAAACUAGCCAAUCACUUUCUGGGAGGUCUCAGGAUAGGAAUGGGAACAGGCAAAAGCUAUGGUACAGCAGUGGACUGGAUGGACUCCACUUUAGAGGAAAUCACCCUAUGGGAGAGAAUGUUGAGCUCGCCAAACACAUGGGUAGAAGAUACACUGCCACUCCGGAUGCUAAUGGUAGCAAAGCUGACAAAAUAAGAUGACUUUCUAAUUGCUAGUGUCCAAAAUGUUUACUUGUUGGAUCUUGGGAGGGGAAGGAAAUAAUAAAAUGGGGAACUUGGAGGAAUUCUAUAAAAGUGUGUGUACUACAGUAGAUCUGUAGACAGCCUCUGUUCUGUUGUUUUAUUUUGUGCUGCUAAAUGUUACUACGUAAUGCAAAUUAAACUUUUCUGCUUUCAGAUUAUUUUUUUAAACUAAAGGCCUUUUACUUCUUGCUCACUGAAAAUGAAUUAAAUAAAGAAUAUACUAUUGAAAUUCAGUGGUCCAAUUACAAGGGGUGUGUUGUGUGUGUGGUCACCUAGAAUAGUGCAAAAUGUUGGUGAUUUGCUAAAUAAUGCACCCAAAAAAGCAACAACUUUGUCUAUUUCCCAGGGUCUUUUGUGUGGCAUUUAAAAUAAGCUGACAAUAGGUUGCUAUAGUCACAUUCACUGUGUGUUUACAGCUUAAUUUUAAUGGUAUGUUCAAGUCUCUGGUGGUUACACCCUUUGGUAGAGUUCAUGAUGGGGAAUUCCAUCUCUAGUUUUAAGCUCUCAGAGCUUGGGAGGGCUUUAUCUAUUGAUAUAAGCAUUCUAUGAAGAGUGGUGAUAUUGAGCUCAAUCCUAUAGGGUGCUGAAUUUCCACAUGUUCAGGAUCAGGGCCAUAAAGAGGAUUUGACUGUAUACAUAGUACAUAUACUAGUGGUUUUGUUAUCGUAUCUCUAAAUUAUGGAUUCUGUAUGGAAGCAAUGAAGUUGAAUUUACUGUAUUUAAAUGUUACUCUGAAGGAUCUCUUCACCCAUUAAGUUGCUCAUUUUAUUAUUGAUUAAUAAAUUGGAUAUUUAUUUUACGCAUAUACACUAUCUGUACCCAAGUGUGUUGUUGGAUUGCUCUCUUGGGUGUGUCAAGACUUUUGUAUGCACUUUGGUGCCACCACUACAACACAGCAGGAAUUGGGUAGUUCUUUAAAGAACCUACACCAUAUGAAAUAGCAAGCAAAUUUCAAUCCUAUAGCAUUGUAUUUAACUAAAAGUUUGAAUGUAAAAAACAUAUAAAGGUAUUAUUUUAACUAAAAGCAGCCUAUUAAAGCUACAGUUGUGUUCAGAGAAGUAACUGCUCAAUUAAAAUACACAUCUGAUCAA